AUGGUCAAGAAUGCACAAGAAGAACUGUUGCAGUGGUAUGCUGAAAAUGCCAAAAAUAACCCUAUGAUUAUACAUGCAGAUGAAACGUGUGCAGCUGGUAUUAUACAAGCAAUUGGUCAUUUUAAGCUUGGACCAAACACAUCACCUAGAGACUUACCCUUACCUGACCUUUUCAAGUUCGAUGAUUUUGAACCUGCAUAUGAAGUUGUCAAGUUUUACUUGUUUCUGGAGAGCUGUGAUAUUGAGAAUCCUGAACAAUAUUUGGAGAAUUUGAAAGCAGUUUGUUUUAGUCCAUUUGGUGUUGAGCAAUCGCUUCAUGAAGUGAUUGGUAAGCUAGAACAAUGCUAUGGGGAGAAAAAAGGGACAAAAAUUCGAAUUUGGGUUGAUCAAGUUUUCCCUUCUCGGCUUGAUUCAAACACAUGGCUGGUGAAGUUCAAGAAGUUGGAGAAAUCUGGUGAAGAGCAAAUGUGUUGCUUUACCACAGUUAUACUGAGUUCAAAGGAUGUGAAACUUUCACAAGGGUUGACUUGGAUUGAUCUGCUAGCUGAGAUUAGUCGGUCACCUCGCAUUCUUUCGGAAGUUGAUGCAGCUAUGAAAACUAAGCGAAUGAAAAAUGAUGUGGACAAGUAUCUAAAGACAAGGCCACAAGGGACUUCUUUUCUGUCUAAACUAAAGCAGAAACUUCUUAUUUCACCAAGCAAUCCAGCAGUUGCAGGCAAGAACGCCACACGGACAAUCCAUGGCGAGCAAUACUUCACUGGCGAUCUUCUUGGUGGGAGCUUGAGACAGAAGGGCACUACCUCUUUUUGA